CUUGUUUAAUCAAUAAUUUUUCUUUUUACAUUCUUUCUAAAUUUCUUUCUUUCUUUUUUUUUCCAUACAUAUUAUUAAAGUAUAUACAUAUAAUAGUUGUCUAACAAAAUUUAUGCUCUAAGAGCAUCAUGGAUAAGCUUUUUAGAAAGAAUACUGGAAAAAAGAAUAAAAAUCAACACUAUGAUAAAGAUGAAACGAGUAGUAGAAGCAGUAGUGGGAUUAAUGAGGAAAUAGAGUUUACUAUGACACCCGCUUCUCCUACUAGCAAAUCUAGUUUUCAUAGCAACUUACAUACUUCUUCAACUUGGCCAAAAUUACCAGAAUUAGCUUUAACUUCAAGUACAAAUUCUCAUGACUUUAAACCUGUGGAAAUUCCACAAUCACCUACCCUCUCCUCUUCUUCAUCACACAAAGUGAUGCUCAAUAAUACUCAGUCAAAUUUACUUGACGUAAAAAUAGAUCACGAUAAAAGACAAUCAAUUUAUAGUAAUAUUAGUUCCGAUUCUGAUACGGGCACUGAUACGGACUUGAAUCAUCAAGAGACCCCCUUUGAUGAUGUAUCUUCAGUAGGCUCUCUAAGCAAAUUGGGCUCCCUUACUAAUGAUCAUCAUAAAACGGAUUAUAUGUUAAAUGAUUCAGCAGUAAAUACAUUAGCAGAAGCUGCUUUAGAUAAGGAAGAGGCAAAAGAUCGUCACGUGACUUUUCAGGAUCAUGUCGUCGAAUCUGCUGCUUUAGUUCAACGUAUGUUAAGUGUCAGAAUGGGUCAACAUCAUCGUAUCGAAGAUCCUAUUGGAACAAUGAUGGCAGCAAGACAUAACCGACGUAAACUUGAUGAAGAAGCAGUUGAAUUACAAUCUCCUCAAGCUGUUGUAGGUGGGGGAAGUGUUCUGGCUAGUUUGAUGAAAUUAGAAGCACAAAGUCAUGUAGAUGUACCAAGAAAAAAGAAAAAGAAACAUACAAAAGAACGAAAAAAUUUACAUAUCAAAUCUUCCAACAAGAAGAAACAUAAAUCCGCUUCCUUAAUUAAUUAUCCUAUGCAUUCAAAUACGGAUCCACUUCCUGAACAUGUAGAAAAUACGCUCACUACACCUCGUCCUCGAAGACCUCUUUUAGUCAAUCGACCUACAAGUUGGUUAUCUGAAGUUGCUUCUAGUAAAUAUGUAGUACCCAGUUUAGAGAAGAGAAAGAAAGCAGUUACUCCUUCAUUUUCUCGAAGAUCUUCAAAUGAUAGUAUGUUCACUACUGCUUCUCAAUUUGAGCCUAUCACUCUUGAAGACCGUAUUCGUAUCACCUUUGAAAUUGCAAAUAUCUUACAGAAGCAAGAGUUUCUACGAAAGUUAUGUAAAUCUUUAAUGUUAUAUGGCUGUCCUGCUCAUCGUCUAGAAUAUGUCAUGCGCGAAGUCUCUCGAACUUUAGGUGUGGAUGCUGAAUAUAUUUAUAUACCCAACGUCAUGUUAGUCACCUUUAUCGACUCUACUACUCAUACAACUGAAACUCAUUUUAUUCGUCAGGCUCAAACUUUUGAAAUGCAUCGUUUAUCGGAUAUCUAUCGUUUGGAAAAGUUAAUUUCUCAUGGUGAAGUGACUGUAGAUGAAGCGUUAGAGUUUAUUGAUAAAGUGUAUGAUCAGCCUCCCAUUUAUCCUAUUUGGUUACAUCCUUUUGUUUAUGCACUCGCUGCCUUUUCUGGUUGUGUUCUAUUUUAUGGUGGUCGAUGGAGAGAAGCUGGCAUUGCAGCUGCUCUUGGGAUGAUUUUCGCUUCUAAUGAAAUUUUCUCUACUUUUAUUUCGAGUUUUCAACCUAUUUGGGAAAUUACAGUGUGUAUAUUAAUUGGGUUUGUAGCUCAAGGUAUACAGAAAUAUGAUUUCUGUUUUACACCUAUUGCAUUUUCAUCUUUUAUUAUUGUACUACCUGGAUAUCCUAUGACGGUAGCUAUUAUUGAGCUUGUCUCUCGACAACUUGUGAGUGGUGUGGUUAGGAUGGUGUAUGCCAUCAUUUAUUCAUUCUUACUAGGUUAUGGCGUUACAAUGGGGUCUGAAUUGUAUCUUACGAUUGAUAAAAGUAGUGAUAACGUUCAAACUGAUGUAUGUAAAUUAGCUUCAAAUGCAACCACAUGUAUUUCCAGUGAAUCUCAAUGGUUUAACUUUAUGCUGGUGCCCAUGUUUGCCUUUGCCUAUUGUGUUUACCUCAAGGCACGUCCCCCUCGUUGGCCUACUAUGGUGAUUGUAGCUUCCUGUGGCUAUGUUAUUAAUUAUGCUUUAGCCUGUUGGGCUCAUGCUCCAUCCCAAAUCCUUCAAGUAGUCCCUGCUUUUGGUUUAGGCUUAAUUGGUAAUUGUUUGACAAAGUUUACUGGUAAAAUGUCCUUUGAUGCAGUUCUACUGAGUGUAUUCUAUCUGGUGCCUAGUAGUUUGGGUAUCAAAGCUGCUUAUGGUUUAUUUAGUCGUUCCGAUGAUACAGGGACUCAAGGCGCAGGUUUAGCCUUAGCUAUGAUUGAAUCUGCUAUUGGUAAGUUUAUAAACCAAUAUUACAAUAUCCUUUUUUUUCUUUCUUUCUUUCUCUUUUAACUCACUAAAAUAUGCAAUCAACAUUAGGUAUUACACUUGGUUUAUUCCUUGCCACAUUGAUUAUAUACCCUAAAGGAACUCAACAUACACCCCUAAUGAAUUU